AUGGGGCCCGAGACCUUCUUGAUUGGGCAUGCGUUGUCGAACGACUUCAAAGUUUUGGGUAUUUACCACCACAAAAUCAUCGAAACUGCAAUCUUGACUACUAGCAAUGCCGUGUUUCCUGACCGGAAGCCGACCCGUACAUGGGCCCUUAAAGACUUAACCCAGACGUUCAUUGGAGAGAAGAUCCAAGCAGGCCAAGACGGCCACAGCGCGCUGGAGGAUGCCCGUGCGACACGGCCUGUCUUACUCUGGUGCUUAGAGCAUCAACAACGUCUUCGGGAUUGGGGCGUUGCAACCCGGAGACAACUCGAGGGACUGCCACCCCUGACAAGCAACUCAGCUGAUGAGGACGUACAGAAUGAUGCGUCUACAUCAGUUAUCUCCUCAUUGCCCGCUCACGACUCUCGUUUUGAUGACUUGAAAGUGAGAAUAGACAAAGAGAAAGAGAGCCCAGGCUAUGCCUCAUCAACUCCUCACUGCCAGAAGGGAACUGAUGCAAGAACAGUCCAGAGAGGACCAGCCUCUAAUAAUUCCACCCUCAACCCCGAAUGGACCAUCGAUCCAGAUUCAGUGCAAACCGAUACGCAGACUAGUCACAAAAAUGGUUGGUAG